UACCCUUCACGGGUUCUUAUACUGUGAAUCACUAAUUAAUCCCCUCGGGAGGUUUACCGGACAGAGUCACUUGUCGAGGUUGUCAGCAUCAUAUGACAUUUGUGCCUGAGAUUAAUACGGAGAUAUAAAUUUGCUACUUUUCUUCUUCAGCUCAUCAAGAUGAACAUAGUCGACGAAAAGGAUUUAAAACAAGAGUACGAGGAGCACGAAGUAGCUCCAGAUGGUGUAUUGAGACACGGACAAACUGUUGACUUGGAGACUUACAGUAAUGAUGACGAAGAAUUUGGUGGAUAUGAGAACAGAAAAAAGAUGGAACGCAAAUUGCUUUGGAAAACUGAUGCCAGAUUCGCCAUUAUGAUUAUCAUCUAUAUCCUCAAUUACAUCGAUAGAAACAAUGUCCCGGCGGCUCGUCAUCAAGGUUUAGAAGACGACCUAGAACUCGGAUACGACAACAGAUACGAAACUGUUCUGUCUAUACUCUACGCGGGCUAUAUUGUCAUGCAGGUACCCUCCAACGGUAUUGUCUCUCUGAUAAGCCGGCCAUCACUCUAUAUUGGUGGUGCAAUGGCGCUUUGGGGUAUGAUCUCUUGCUUGACUGGUAUCACUCAAAACUACGUUGGUAUUCUCUUGACUAGACUCUUUCUUGGUUUCGUUGAGGCAGCUUUCUUGCCUGGAGCUAUGUUCUUGCUGUCUAAAUGGUACAAGAAGAACGAAUUAGGUGUUAGAAUGACACUGCUAUACUGUGGUAAUCUCAUUUCAAAUGCGUUUGGUAAUCUUAUAGCUGCUGGUAUCGUCAAUGGUAUGGAAGGCAAACUUGGUCAUAGAGCUUGGAGAUGGCUCUUCUAUAUUGAAGGUGCUCUCACUAUAUUUGUAGCAGUUUGCGCAGUUUUCGUACUUCCAGACUUCCCAGAAACAGAACGUUUCUUGUCGCCAUUGGAGAGAAAAUUGGCUAUUCGCCGUAUGGCAGAAGACGCAGGACAAGUAGACACGGUCAUGGAUAAACACGAAGUCCUUCGUGGUAUGAAAAUGGCAUUGCUUGAUUACAGAGUUUGGUGGUUAUCUUUGACAUUGUUCGGCAUGGUCAUCGGAUUAAGUUUCAACAUUUAUUUCCCGACUUUAACAGAGGAAAUGGGUUUCGAGGGCACACAGGCCUUACUGAUGUGUGCACCACCCUGGAUUUUCGCAACAAUAGUCGCCUUCCCAUGGUCUGUCAGUUCAGAUAGAUUCCAAGAACGUACUUUCCACAUUUUGGUUUCAAAUUUGGUAUCAAUUGUUGGUUUCAUUAUUGCGAUUGCAACUCAAAACAAGGCAGCAAGAUAUUUCUCAUUAUUCUUGAUGACAUUGGGUUAUUGUGGUUUCAUUUGCGUUUAUGCUUUCACUUCCAGUUCGUUCAUUCGUCCAACAUCAAGACGUUCAGUUGCCAUUGCUUUCGUCAACGCUUUCUCAAAUAUUGGUAAUAUUGCUGGUAGCUACAUCUGGGACGCAGACAAAUUUGGACCUAGCGGAUACAGACAAUCAUACGCAAUUUGCAUUUCUUGCACUGGAUUAUCCUGUUUCCUUAUUUUAGGAUUCAGAUAUAUUUUAGUUAACCUCAACAAGAAGAUUGAAAAGUUGGAAGAAGAAUAUCCAGGAAUGGAUCCAUGGGAUAUCCCAGAGAAGUGCGAUCGCAAGUUAGACAAUGCUCUGCUUGUCAAGCGUGGAUUUAGAUAUAUGCUUUAAACGAACCUUUCUCAAAAUCUCUUGCCUUGUUAUAAUAACUUAGUAUGCUUAAGCAUGUAAUUGUAUAGUAAUUAAUAGACGAAAGUUUCA